CUGGAAAUGAGGGUUGGAUUACAGUGGAGGAGGCAUGACCAGGAACCCUGGGAGAACCAGAGAAGCUCCUGAAUAUUAAUGAUCGGCAUUGUGCAAUUGGAGACCGGGCAGCAAGGCUGGAUAAGGGAGAGAGGGGAGAGAUAGGAAGGCUGCAGCAUGGAUCAGAUAAGCUGAGAGUUAAUGAGGAAGGCAGGCAUGCCUUAGCUCUUAGUCUUACUCAGUUGCUCAAUAAUUACCCUUUUCCCUUCCUCCACUGCACCUCCUCUCUCUGCACACUGCACGCACUGUACCCUCUGUGUUCCUGCACUGCAUUCACUGCACCUUCUCCUGGUGAGGGGCAGAGGGCUGGCACUAGCUCUGUCCCUGCCUGGUUUAUUUUGGGGCGGCGGGUCCAGGCUCAGAAUACACUGUAGCAUGGGGAGGUGAGAGUGCGUGGAGAGAGACAGCCCGAGACAGACUGCAGCUCGGCAAGCCACUUAUACAAACAGUCACCUGCAAAUGAAUUCCAUGAACCCUCUGAAACCAUCACACCCGGGCACAGGGCACAGUGAUGGUUCAUUUGCAUACGAGUCUGUUCCUUGGCAACAAAGCACCAAUCAAGCAGGAGGAUCGCUCUCCGUGGUAACAACUGUCUGGGGUCUGAGCAACACAUCGCAGAGCCAGCAGGUCUUUGGGAAUCCCAUGAUGCCCAGCGGUGGCCCCACUGGGGGAGGAGUCAUGCCAGGAUUGGCAGGCAAUGCUGGAGGAAUGGGGAGCCCUCAGUUUAUCGGCCAGCAGGGGUACCCAGAAGGAGGAGCUGGAAAAGGCUAUAUGCAGCAAAAUGUUUAUGGACGAGGUGGAUACCCAGGAGGCAGUGCAUAUGCUAACAGUUAUCCUGGGGGACCAACAGCUACUGGUGGGAUGGGAAUGGCACAAAAUCCUGGCCGUGGGCCAGCAGAUUUUACACAAGCAGCAGCUGCAGCAGCUGUAGCGGCGGCUACAGCAACAGCAACCGCUACUGCAACUGUGGCCGCCCUGCAGGAGAAGCAAAGCCAGGAGCUCAACCAAUAUGGAGCGGUUGGGCCUUCUCAUGGUUAUGCAGGCCAGUUCCUGCCCCAUGCAGGUCCAAGAGGACCCUCUAUUCAGAGUGGAAUGACUUCUGGUGGGCUAGGGUCUGUGAUGGGCAACUCUGGCAUGUCCCAGAUGGGAAUGAGCUCUGCCAGGGCUCCUGGAAUGAGCCCUGUGUAUACUGGGCAACGUAUACCACCCCAUGGCUACCCUGGGCAACUGCAGGGUCAGCAGAUGCAACGUCAGGGAGUAAAAAGGACAUACUCCAAUGAGGGAUAUACAGCCCAACAGUACAUCCAGAGUGGGCAGUACCCACCUCACGCAGGACAAUAUGCUCCAAGUACACCUCAGCAAUCUGCCCCAUCACCUUCCUACCCUGGGCAUCGUGUACAACAAAGCAUGUCUCAGUACCUGCCCCAGUCUGGUCCAGGGGGACAUUUUUACAAACUCAAUGACCAGUACAGUGGACAAAGCAAUAACUACAAUGGAGGAAACUUUGCCUACAAUCAACCUAUGAGCGGGCCGGGCCGCUCAAUGCCUGGGUAUCCUAGCUCUCCGCUGCCUGGAAAUCCCACUCCUCCAAUGACACCUGGAAGCAGUGCUCCUCCUUACAUGUCUCCAAAUCAGGAUGUGAAGUCCCCUUUUCUGCCAGAUGUCAAACCAGCACACAACACCUUGCACCCGUCCCCUACAGGUGCCUCCAACGAUGAGCUGCGUCUGACCUUUCCUGUUCGUGAUGGGAUUGUGCUGGAACCUUUCAGACUGCAGCAUAACCUGGCUGUUAGCAACCACGUGUACCAUUUACGGGAGUCUGUGUACAAGACGCUUAUGAUGAGGCCUGACCUGGAGCUUCAGUUCAAGUGUUAUCAUCAUGAAGAUCGGCAGAUGAACACUAACUGGCCUUGCUCUGUACAAGUGAGCGUGAACUCCACUCCACUGAGCAUAGAACGCGGGGACAACAAGACUUCUCACAAACCCCUAUACCUGAAAAACGUUUGCCAGCCAGGCAGGAACAGCAUUCAGAUUACUGUCAGUGCCUGCUGCUGUUCUCACCUGUUUGUGCUGCAGCUAGUACACCGACCAUCUGUCAGAUCUGUUCUCCAGGGACUGAUAAAGAAGAGACUACUCCCAGCGGAGCAUUGUAUCACUAAGAUUAAAAGAAAUUUUAGCAGUGGCAGCAUCCCAGGGACCCCCGGACCCAACGGUGAAGAUGGAGUAGAACAGACAGCUAUCAAAGUGUCCCUUAAAUGUCCGAUUACCUUCCGAAGGAUCCAGCUUCCUGCUCGGGGACAUGAUUGUCGGCAUAUCCAGUGUUUUGAUCUGGAGUCUUACCUGCAACUGAAUUGUGAGCGAGGAACUUGGAGAUGCCCUGUGUGCAAUAAAACUGCCCUAUUGGAAGGCUUAGAGGUGGACCAGUACAUGCUGGGAACCUUGCUCUAUAUCCAGAGCUCUGACUAUGAAGAGAUCACAAUUGAUCCGACGUGCAGCUGGAAGCCAGUACCAAUCAAACCAGAUACUCAUGUAAAGGAAGAGUCUGAUGGGCCUGUUCUGAAGCGAUGCCGGAGUCUCAGCCCAACUCACAUGGUAAUGCCAAAUGUCAUGGAGAUGAUAGCGGCACUUGGACCAAGUUCCUCCCCCUUCAACAAUAUUCAAUCAGCUGGAAGCGUGGGUGCCGACUACAACAGCCCCGGAUCCAGUUUUCAGAAUCCUGGAGGUUACCCUGAGAGUGGAUUCCCUUCUUCAAACCCAGGCACCCCUACAAUGAGUGAUUUCACCCCCAAUGCCCCCCCUUCCAUCCCCUAUCAAUCUGACAUUCCUAACUCCUUGCUCGGCCCUGAAAAGCCAGGAGGACCCUCAAUGGCUGGGCAGGUCCCCUCCUCUGGAAGGAUAGACCCUUCCCACAAUCCCAAUCAGUCACUUCACUCCUCCAACCUCAGCAGCCAGUCACCACAGCAGCUUCACCAUCGGAAUCCUCCACGGCAACAAAUGGCACAGCCUGGCAGUGAUAUGGCUUUUAACCCAAUGCAAGGCGCUGGCGAUGUGACAGAGCCAACCCUGGAUCUUCUCCCAGAACUGACAAAUCCUGAGGAGCUUCUAUCAUACCUUGGGCCCCCUGACCUUCCAAGCAGUGGCAAUGAUGAUCUGCUGUCCCUCUUUGAAAAUAACUAAGGCAUCUUCCACUUCAGAGCACAACUGGUCCACCAACCAUCUUUUUUGUGCUCAACCUUCCAGAAACUUGCACGAGAAGCAACAUUAGAGGCAUUGUGGAGCACAAAAGACCUGCAUAUAAUUGCAUCAGGACAUGGCUUGAUGGACUGCACAGCUUGCCCUGCUAAAUAUAUAUAAAGAGACUUGCAGAUCAUUGCACUAUUUAACCUUACCUGUUGCAAAAAUCCUGCAGGGAUGCUCUGUAGAGCCUGACGGACCUUUAUUCAAUGCACUGUCCUAUUUACUUAUUCUUUCAAAGAAGUAAUCUCACAGAGUCUCACUAGACUGUUCAAGAGAUGGGACCUGUAGAGUGUUGCUUCAUUAACCAUUUAGUUGCUAAGGAAACCAGAUGUUUCUCACAAUCAUGUCACCACUGUGUGGCAGGGGUGUGCUGUGCAGUGUUCUGCAAGCCUCUGAGAUUGUUGACCCUUUGCUAUAAUCAUACUCUACCAACAAUCAGCCUGUGAACUGAGAGGAGGCUGGGUUUGUAGCAUUGAUUUUAUGAUCCUGGAACUCCAGCCAGGAAAUGUUAAGAGCACAAGGCAGGUGUGUGUAUGUGCAUACAGACACUUUGUAAUUUAGUCCAAUCCAGUUUAUGUGAGUGCGUGCAGGUAUGUGGAUGAAUGUCAUUAUGUGAGAUUGUAAUAAACUGUGUGUUUGUAUCACUUUUGUCUCUCGUUCCAUUGUUGAGAGAGGAAAACUGGGACCAUAAAUCACCACAAGACACCAACCUUCAAUGUCAGCCCUCUCUUAAUCUUUAAUUACCAUACAUCUUGCCACAGUUUGGACAAACAUUGUAGAAGAUAGUGAGGAACCUCCUGCUGAGCAGUUACACGCCCAGCUUUUUAAUCACACACAUUUUGAAAAGUGAGGUUUUCUUUUAAUGCCACAUGCAAUAAUACCAAGGUCUUUUAGAAGUCCAACAUUAGUAUACUAAGGACUGAGUUAAAUUCCACUUUGUGUGUGUCUCUGUGUAAUGAUGUAUGGAUGUGUGUUGUAGGCCUGUUGAUACAGACUUGUUUUGUUUUUAAUUUAUUUUUUAUUUUACUUCUGGAUAUUUACCUAGUUUUGGGAAAACUUUUUUUUUUUUUUUUUCUCAUAGUUGUCCACCAUAAAUGAAACAUGGAUUGCAGUUUUAAGAGGGACCAGUGAUACAAACUAUUUCCGUCUCCGCGUCCACCAAUCACUACAUUGACUUUUUGAGAGUAUAUCUGCAUUACAAAUAAA